CCACCUACUUUAAAAGCAUAUUAGUUGGCCUUAUUAUGAAGGUCCUUUCUUCCUCAACUCUCAUUUUUCUAGUUAUUCUUCAUCAAAACCAUAGCAUAUAUUCAUCUUAAGCAAAACGUGAUUCUCUCCCUCCCUCGGUUCUCCAAACAUGAAAGGAAUGGAUAUUUUUUGUGCUUCUCAAGCUUCAACAGCCAUCUGCUCAAGCGUGGACCACCGUUCCAUGGUCCGCCAUGGCCAUAGGCGUAUCGAUCGCCAGAAUUCUAAGCCUUAUGCACCUUGUAAUUCAUCUCAAUUGCCUAUAAUUCCCAGGCGUUGCCAUGAAAAGAGUAGGAAGAACAGUGUUAAGCCAAGUGAUGUACGUCGGAAAAGCUCGGCUGAUAUUUAUGAUCUAAAAAGCUCUCCGGGUUCGUCUACAUGUCUUCUAAGUGAUAGACCCUUUAUUGAUUUCUCGCCAUCGGUUCCUACUUCUCAACCCGCAAAACCUAAGCUGCAUGAAAGCUCCAACCACAAUUCUUCUCCUGCUUUAAAGUCUUCUUCAUCUGCUCGGUCUCACGACCAGGUCGUGGUAUUGUGGGUUUCAAUCCAUUGCAAAGGAUGUGAAGGAAAAUUAAGAAAACAUAUCUCCAAAAUGGAAGGAGUGACAUCAUUCAGUAUAGAUUUACCCACAAAGAAACUGACAGUAAGAGGGGAUGUAACUCCCUCAAGCGUUCUAGCAAGCGUGUCAAGGGUGAAGAGUGCUCAGUUAUGGCCAUCUACUGCACCAUCUCAAUUUUCUCCAAUGGUGAAAAUGAGUUACUGAUUCAAAAGAGGAAAAAAAAAAAAAGAAUUGUAAGGGCAAAGUGAAG